AUGAACCUUCCGGACGACAAUGCCGCCAUAGGGACCCACCUCUCACCCAGCACGCACACCGAUGUCCUAUCUCUCCUACGCCAAGCUGAGCCGGAGGACGACGAUGACGUCGAGGAGGACAACCUGGCAUGGUGCGCCGCGGGCCUCGAAGCUUUGCGAUCAGUGACAUGGGACCGCGUCAGGGAGGCCACCAGCAGCGACGGCGAUAUGCACAUGUUGGAGGAAAUGGCAGUGGACGGCAUCCCCGACUCGAAGUUCGAGAUGCCGGAGAUGAUUCGCGACUUUCACCAGUUCCGCGAGAACAUUACAUCGACAGACGGAGUGAUCCUAUACAAGGACCGUGUAGUCAUACCACCCUUACUCCGCGGCGAGGUGCUGAGCGCCCUACACGCUGCCCACCAGGGCAUAUCGAUGAUGACCGCCCGCGCAGAAUCCUCUGUGUUCUGGCCAGGCAUGUCGGCCGACAUCAGCGCCACUCGGAAAAACUGUGAACACUGCCACCGGAUGGCACCCUCACAGCCGGGAGCGCCGCCAACCCCACCUGUCCCGGUCGUUUACCCCUUUCAGGCAGUGUGCUCGGACUUCUUCGUACACAGGGGCGUACACUACCUCGUGACGGUGGACCGAUACUCGAACUGGCCGAUCAUCUCGAAGUCAACGGGUGGUGCCACUGGCCUCAUAAACCACUUACGUCGCGCCUUCGUGACGUAUGGGACGCCAGAAGAGCUCGCAUCGGAUGGGGGACCAGAGUUCACCUCCACCGAGACCAGGUCGUUCCUGCACAGAUGGGGCGUACACCACCGCCUGUCAUCGGUGGCCUUCCCCCACAGCAACUGUCGCGCAGAGAUUGGAGUGAAGACGAUGAAACGACUUAUCACUGACAACACUGGCCCGAAGGGAGAACUUGACACCGACGCUGUGCAGAGAGCGAUACUGCAAUAUCGUAACACACCUGACCCUGACACGAAGAUCUCCCAGCAAUGGGACUCAGUCCGCAUACAGAACCAGACAGGGCCCCACCCCAACAAAUGGGACAAGACGGGCAGUAUCGUGGAGGUGCGCCAACACGACCAAUACGCGAUCAAGAUUGACGGCUCGGGCAGAGUCACGCUUCGGAACAGGAAAUUCCUGCGCAAGUUCUGCCCAGUUCACAACGACCAGCUGCCACCCCGAUCGAUCUAUGAUGACCUAGCAACCCGCGUCACCGUACCAGCACCAGUCGUGACACCGCCGCUACGCGACCUCGACAGCGACUCCGCAACACCCGCGACGCAGACGGGGCCCCCACUGCCGCCUGUGCUGACGUCAGUAAACACACCCCGGCGCAGGACAUCGCCCGCUUCAGUCACGCCAGCAGCACCAGGACGAGGCACACAGAGGCGCGUGGUCUUUCAGACGCCACCACCGGCCCCUGAGACCCCGAGUGCCCCACCCCCACCGGAGCCCGACGUGACACCACCAGCACCAGCAACGGGUCAGCGCCGAUCCGCCAGAGCGACCAGCGUGCCUACCUGGCACAAGGACUACUCCAUGGGAUAG